UGAUAAAAUGGUAGUGAUCAACACCAUCAGUGAAACUGGGAGUUGGGAAAAGCAAUUGCCCUUAUUUCUUAAGGUACAUGAAGGCAAAGGGUAAAAAAAGAGGGAGACUAGAGAGUACUAACGUUUCAAUUUUGACGAGGUCUAUUCCUAUUUUCUCCUCUUGAGCUCACACAACAUCUCCUUCUCUAGUGUCUCUCUCACAAACAAGUGGAGAGGGGGAAGCAUUUAAUGCCAAUCUUAUGUUAUUUCUGAAUUCUCUCUCAUAUAUUCACUACACAUGAGAACCUUGUUUCUCUCACCUUCCAAUAUAUCUGGAUAACUACAUUGGAUGUGCUGCUCCACAUUUAUAUAGCUCAAACUCUUAUGCAACCUGUUGAAUUUUCUGAAUUUGAAGAAGGCCAUUUCAAGGUCUGUGCCUUAUAGAAACUGAACUUUAUCGCUUCUUCCUUGCAAAAGCGCUUGCUGCUUCUUUUCUAGGGUGGUGGUGAUGAUCAAGUGUAGUUCCUGCAAGACUUCUUGUUUGUAGCUCCUCUCAUUUCCAUUUCUUUCUAUGUAGCUUCUUGUGCCAAUUCUCUCUCUCUCUCUAUUAAUCUUCUCUGUAUCAUUUCCAAUCCUAUUGGAUUUUCUUUCUUUUUGAGCAUUAUAUUUCUUACCAACAUUUGUUUGUGUUAAAUGUUCAUGUUUUUGGUUUCUUAAAGAGCAUUACAUUAACUUCUUACCAAACCUACUGCUCUAAUAAAGUUGGAAUAUAUUACUACUUUCUAGGUUUGAAUCUCUAACCAACUUGUUUCAAAUGUUCUGAUCAGGUUUCUGUGCAAUUUUAUGUCUGUUUCCGCAGUGAUAAGCAGGGUAGCAUUUCCAGGUGAGAGUACUGAUUAGGCAUAAAGAUGCCACACGAAACCAACAAUGGCUCCCUUUUCACCUCUCCUUGCAAGAACUUGAGAGGGUUAAGAGGUUUGAUUCCCAGCAAUGAGGCUUGUUACCCUGAUGAGAUUAUCAAUGACCGCGAAUUAGCUCAAAGAAAAGCUGAAGAAGCAGCUUCAAGGAGGUACCAAGCAGCAGAUUGGCUGAGGCAGAUGGACACGGGGGCAUCAAGAACCCUGCCCAAAGAACCCUCAGAGGAAGAGUUUUGCCUUGCUCUAAGAAAUGGCCUCAUUCUCUGCAAUGUCCUCAAUAAAGUCAACCCUGGUGCUGUUCUCAAGGUGGUUCCGAAUCUCACAGUGCAGUCUACGGAAGGAGCAGCACAGUCUGCGAUUCAGUACUUUGAGAACAUGAGGAAUUUUUUGAUGGCUGUUAAAGAUAUGAAGCUUUUGACUUUUGAAGCAUCUGACUUGGAGAAGGGAGGCUCGUCGAGUAAGGUUGUAGAUUGCAUUCUCUGUUUGAAAGGAUAUUAUGAAUGGAAGCAGGCUGGUGGAAUUGGUGUAUGGAGAUAUGGAGGGCUUAUUAAGAUCGAAUCAUUCCAGAAGGGAUCGCCAUCUUCUCUGGUCGGCAGCGAAAGUGCUGAUGAGUCUGUUGAUGAAUCUGAAUCAUCACAAUAUGAACAAGUAUUAGAGUUUCUUCAUCUUUCCAGUGAGGUCUCAAUUGAAGAAACCAAAACUGCCAAUGCUCUGGCCUUUCUUUUCGAUCAUUUUGGACUCCGACUUCUACAAGCUUACCUUCAGGAGAUCAAUGGGAUUGAAGAGCUGCCUUUGAAUGGAAUGGUAAUAGAUACUUUGCUCAGAAAGGCAGUUAAAGAUUUCUCAGCAUUGCUUGUUUCUCAGGGCACACAGCUUGGACAAUUUCUGAAGAAAAUAUUGAAGGGUGAUAUCGGUUCCCUAUCAAAAAAUGAAUUCAUAGAAGCCAUUUCCCAAUAUCUUAGACAAAGAGCUAGUUUGGGUUCAAGUGAUUUCUCCAAGUUUUGCAUCUGUGGUGGCAAAAGAGAAACUAUUCAGCAUACUGUUAGUAACUCUUCCGGUCACACGGAAGUAAUUGAUCUUCAUCAGAAACAGCUUGAGGAUCUGAGAUUUUAUUACAAAGAAAUGAGGCGACAAGUGAAACAAAUUCAAGCAGAUUGGGAAGAAGAAGUCAGCAGGCUUGAACAACAUAUCAGGGAUCUUGAAGUAGCAUCUUCUUCUUGUCACCAAGUUUUAGAGGAAAAUCGCCAGCUUUACAAUCAAGUACAAGACCUUAAAGGAACAAUCAGGGUCUAUUGUAGAGUCAGACCCUUCUUGCGGGGGCAAUCGAAUGUGCAAUCUACUGUGGACUACAUUGGAGAAAAUGGAAAUAUCAUGAUUGUUAAUCCUCUUAAGAACGGGAAAGAAGCAAGAAAGGUGUUUUCCUUCAACAAAGUAUUUGGAACGAAUGUUACUCAAGACCAAAUAUAUGUGGACACUCAACCAUUGGUCCGGUCAGUUCUAGAUGGCUAUAAUGUUUGCAUCUUUGCAUAUGGACAAACCGGAUCAGGGAAGACAUAUACAAUGAGUGGCCCUGAUUUGACUUCUGAACAAACAUGGGGUGUGAACUAUCGAGCUCUGCGCGACUUAUUUCAGAUUUCAACGACAAGGGGAGAUGUCAUUAGGUAUGAAGUUGGAGUUCAAAUGGUAGAAAUAUAUAAUGAACAAGUGAGAGACCUAUUAGUCAGUGAUGGCUCCAACAGAAGAUUAGACAUCCGUAACAAUUCCCAGUUGAAUGGGCUUAAUGUACCUGACGCAAGCUGGAUUCCAGUUUCAAGUACACAAGAUGUUCUUGAUCUAAUGAAAAUCGGUCAAAGAAAUCGUGCUGUCGGUGCAACUGCUUUAAACGAGCGAAGCAGUCGAUCUCAUAGUGUUUUGACAGUUCAUGUCUAUGGAAAAGAAUUAGUUUCUGGAUCAAUUCUUAAAGGCUGCUUACACAUGGUGGAUUUAGCUGGAAGCGAAAGAGUGGAUAAAUCAGAAGCUGUUGGCGAGAGAUUGAAAGAAGCUCAACAUAUUAAUCGAUCUCUCUCCGCUUUGGGAGAUGUCAUCUCUGCUCUUGCACAGAAGAGUCCACAUGUUCCCUAUAGAAACAGCAAGCUUACACAAGUUCUGCAGGAUUCUUUAGGUGGGCAUGCUAAAACACUAAUGUUUGUACAUAUAAAUCCUGAACUUAAUUCUAUUGGGGAGACAAUUAGCACACUGAAGUUUGCUGAGAGAGUUGCAUCUGUUGAACUUGGGGCAGCUAGAUCGAACAAAGAAACUGGCGAAAUCCGAGAGCUGAAAGAAGAGAUAUCAAACCUCAAAGAGGCAUUGGAGAGGAAGGAAGCUGAAAUCGAGCAAAUCAAAGGUGGCAGUACUAGAAGCACAGCAGAAUCUCAAAGAACAAGAGCGGUUUCUCCUUUCUAUGUGCCAAGAUAUGGUACAAGUGCCAACUCAAAACCCGAGACAUCUCAUAGGUCAAUUGAUGACUCUAGAAGCUCAGAGGCUAGAAGUUGUUCUUCGGGUAAGCAAAGGAGAUCAAGUUUUCCUUCUUCACUCACAGACAAGGAAACAUUACCAAGGAUUCCUUUCCUAGGCGAAGAGAGGUUAGCAAACUCCGCAAAACCAAGAUCACCAUCCCCUCCUGUUAGGAGAUCAACCUCAACAGAUAGAGGAGCCCUCAGUAGAAGCAGGGUCAAGGAGAGAGUUGAGAAUCAACCAGUUGCAAGAGUACCCUUUCCAGCUAUAGUGCCUGUCAACAAAUCCAUAGCUGCAAUUCCAGUGAUCCCAUCAGCAGAUAACAGCUCAAAAGGUCCAUAUAUAGGCUCACAAGAAGCGCUGAAGCAGGAUAACAUCUCCAAAGCAUUCUAUAACCUCCAAAAGGUUAGCACCAGGAAAUAUUACCCGGAACACGAAGAGGAGCAGUGUAGGCAAGCUCUUAAUAUAAGACAAGGAGGCAUUAAAAAAAGCAAAAAUGAAAGCAAAGCUAAGGCGAAGCAUCAAAUGCCAGCAAAGUUCCACGAGGUUGAUGUUGGGACAACAAUGCUCUCUGACAUAGAUGCCGGUGAAAAGAUAGAGGAGCCGCGAAAGAGUGACUCUUCUGAGCCAGAAAACGAGCGUUUGCUUCCCGUGUCUCCAACAAUAGGUGCUUUAAUGGUGAAGAAGCUUCAGAUGAAUUUCUCGAAGAACUCACAGAAUCUUGAGCCAAGAGUUGUUCAAGUUGUGGAACCCUUAUUGGCUGGCAAACUUGAAAACAAACUUCCAAACAACAUAACUCGUAAUGCGAAAGAAGCCGGAAACACAUCCAUGCCUGAAUUCAGAAGGAGUCGAUCUACUCCUCGUGGAAAGUUUACGAUCUUACCUUGAGACUAGACAGAAUAUAGUAAUGAAUAUACUUCCACAAAUAUUAUUUCCACAUGUUGUAUAGUGACUGUUCUUGUUUGGAUACCUGGUUGCUUUCAUCUUUCAAGAGAUUUUAAGGCUGGUAGUCCAGAUGACUGCCUUUCCACAUAUCCUAAACCAUGGCAAGUUUUCCUGUAAUUUACAAGUCAUGGGUGCUAUUGCUCAGCACUUGUGGAUAUAUAGUUUCAAUGUAUUCCGGUGAUUACAUGCGCUGAUCAUUCUAUAACAUCAAGGAUUUUAUCGGUGUGAA